AUGACCGCGUACAGACUUGUCGGAGUUGCAAACAACCGAACGUGGGGACCGGACACGAAGAAUGAGGAGUUGGUGAACUGCUGUAUGGGGGACCUAAAGAAGUACCAGUUUGAACCUUCCAUGAAAUUUGAGAGGAUAGGUAAGAUAUGCGAUUUUACAAGUAGUAAUUACCAGAAGAAUUUAAAAGAUGUAAAUAAAAAUACGAAUGAAGGUGCAAAUUCGUUUGAGGAAGAAUUACAAUUUCAAACCGUAGAUUUACGUACAGGACAAAAGCAAAAAGGAAAUAUAUAUAACAAAAAGAAAAUACUGAAUAAACAAACUACACAAGCUUUUACUCAAAAACAACAAGAAGAAGAUAAUUUAUAUAGUAGUAGAAUUAAAACAGCGGAGCAGAAGAAGCAGAAAUUAUUAUUACUUGCUAAGACAGCUAGAAUUAAUGCAAGGCAUAGGAUUUUUACCGAAUGGAGUAUUGAGCCAACACCUGUAUGGACGGUAGAAUGUGAGAUGAUGUUUAAUGAAUUACCUAAAAAAGUAAUAAAGUUAGAACAGUUCAAAAUAGAUGAUAUAUUUUUUAGAGGUAGAGUAUUAUAUUAUGAUAAACGAAUUGAGAAUAUUAAUGUAAAGAAUCCACCUAGUCUUAUAAUUUUAAAUAAAGGUGCUAAUUGUUUAGUUUGUAAAACAAAGGAUGAUCAGUCAUUAAUGGAAAUAGUAUCUGAUGAGGAAAAGAACUGUCAAGGGUAUACUACAAAUAGUAGUGUUACAACUACUACUAAUAGUAAUAAUAAUAAUAACCCCCUUUUAGUUGUUUCAACAGACCAAAUAUUAGCCUGUCUAAUGUCAUGUACCCAGUCAAAAUAUUCAUGGCAUCUAUUAAUAACUAAACAAGGGAAUAAAAUAAUUAUAGAUAAAGAUGAAGAUUCAAUUGUUGAUUUACUAACAGUUAAUGAAAACUCAAUUGAUGCACCAACACAAGACAAUGAAAAUAAGUUGAACAGUUUACAAGCAUUAGGAUUUGAGGCAAUUAAAAUUAAUCAAAGAUUCAGAAAACAAGUAUUGUUAAAAAACGAAAUGGCUGAACAGUAUGAUAAUAUUUCCUUUUUAUCUAAAAACAGUAAAACGAGUGAUGUUCUUUAUAGAUAUAGAAAAAUUAAUUUACCCCCAUUAAUACAUGGCACGUCGAAAAGAAACUGUACAUUAAUUACUAGAGGAGAAAUACAUGCAAAAAUUAAAGGUACAAACAGUUCUUAUAUUUAUAUAUGUGCAUUAAAUGAAUAUGAUAUUAAGAGUCAUAAAAAUUGGAGAUCCCAAAUUGAAAAUCAAAAAGGAGCACUACUAGCUAAUGAAAUUCGUAAUAAUACAUCGAAAUUACAAAAAUUUAUUUGCCAAGCUUUAUUAAGUGGUUGUGAAGACAUAAAACUAGGUUUUAUAUCUAGAAAAAAUGCAAAUGACGCAGAAAAUCAUAAUAUAUUAUCAAUUCAAUCACAUAAAACUAAGGAUCUAUCUACACAAAUAGGUUUAAAAUAUGAAAAUAUUUGGGGUAUACUCAGAUUUAUUGUGGAUAAUAUUUCAGAAAGGCCUGAUGGAAAAUAUGUCAUCUUGAAGGAUCCCCUAAAGGCUCUACUUCGAUUAUAUUGCACACACGACGACGAUUACCAUUAG